UAUUUAAUUGAUCUGUGUUUGGUUCAGUCAGAGUAUUGCUUACGCAAAAUAGAAUUUAAUCAUAAUUUUUACAGAAUUAAUUAGGCUUGUAUUAAUUCCAAUAAUUGACAUUUGCAUUCUUUUGAUUUCCUAACAGAACUCAAUAUGCCUCGAUUUCAUAAAGUGGAAAUUAAUAAAACAGAAUGGAUUGUGCCUGAAAGAUAUCAAAUGUUAACACCUGUGGGAUCAGGGGCUUACGGUCAGGUUUGUUCCGCUGUUGACACUCUGCAUAAUGUAAAAGUGGCAAUAAAGAAAUUAGCGAGGCCAUUUCAGUCAGCAGUGCAUGCUAAGAGGACUUACCGAGAGCUUCGCAUGUUGAAGCACAUGAAUCAUGAAAAUGUUAUUGGAUUGCUGGAUGUAUUUAGUCCAGAAAAAACCAUAGAGGAGUUCCAACAGGUGUACCUGGUCACCCACUUAAUGGGAGCUGAUUUGAAUAAUAUAAUCCGUACACAGAAAUUGUCUGAUGACCAUGUACAGUUCCUUGUGUACCAGAUUCUUCGUGGACUUAAGUAUAUACAUUCUGCAGGAAUUAUUCAUAGGGACUUAAAGCCCUCAAACAUUGCUGUUAAUGAAGAUUGUGAGUUAAAAAUAUUAGACUUCGGUUUAGCUAGGCCUACUGAGACUGAAAUGACUGGAUAUGUAGCUACAAGGUGGUAUAGAGCACCUGAGAUCAUGCUCAACUGGAUGCAUUACAACCAGACUGUUGAUAUAUGGUCAGUUGGUUGCAUAAUGGCUGAACUGCUGACUGGCAGGACCCUAUUUCCAGGCACAGAUCAUAUCGAUCACCUCACGAGAAUAUUGUUUUUGUGUGGGAGUCCCGAACAAGAAACAGUUGAUAAAAUCAUUAGCGAAGAGGCUCGAAACUACAUCCAGACCCUGCCCCGUAUGAAGAAGCGCGACUUUCGUGAAGUGUUCCGCGGAGCGAAUCCUCUUGCCAUCAGCCUGUUGGAACGUAUGCUAGAGUUGGAUGCUGAUAAGCGCAUUACUGCGGAGGAAGCGCUCGCACACGAGUACUUGGCGCAGUACGCUGAUCCGACUGACGAGCCCGAGUCUACGCCCUACGAUGAGAGCUUCGAAGAUAUGGAUCUUCCCGUUGAACAGUGGAAAGAUUUGGUUUGGAAAGAAACUGUUGAAUUUAAACCUCACCCACAGCACAUGAGCACCGUGGUCGAAGUGAACACGUCAUAACUUAUGGUUUGAUAUUGUUUUUAAAGUGUAUCCUAUAUUUUAUUGUUUACGACUUGAACGAACCCGCUCGUAAUACCAACUAGUCCAAUGCGUUGAUGUUAUACAGUGCAAUAUUAUUACAAUUUGAUUGAUGGGCAGAAUUGGGAUUUACGGGUGAACAUGUAUUCGCGGCAUUGCUGGACAAUGCAUUACUUGCAGCGAUAUUUUAUUAUUCACAUGCUGGUUCAUUGCUCGUGUUUUAUAAAAAAAUUCUUAAAUAAUAUAUGUUAACGAAGCGGUUUUAUUUUGUUACAAAAAUAUUUGAAAAAUUUUAGAAAAAAAAUUUGCCUAUAAGUGUAACUAAUAUACGUAAUUAAUAUGAUUCGCGCGCAGUUAUAUAUAAUUUGUAUGUUUAAUAAUCAAAUAUAAUUUAUCGAUUAAUGGACGUCAAUGGAUUGAAAGUAAUCACAUAAAUAUGCCCAGUGGCUAAUUUUAAUUAUAUAGGUUGUAAAGUAAAAUAUUUUCAAUUGUAUGUUUAAAUAACUGAUGAGGUAAAAUGUAUUUAGUGGUAAAGGCAAAAGAAAACCUUAUUAGUGUUAAAAGAUAUGUAAUAUCUAUAAAAUAGAUAAUAAAGCAUGAUUAUGUAUUAAUAGAUAGUGGAUAACAUUCUAGCAUACAGUGGUAAUUUGUUAAAUUUAACAUGUCAUGGAUUGACGGACAAAAUAGAAAUAUAGUUUUUUCUAACCUAAAAGGUACUAAACUAGCGAUUGUCUGAUUUGUAUGAAAGAAUUGAAAAUUCCAUUCACAUUUCGGCCAUGUUGGGAUUAUUAUACUUUGUAUUAUAAAUAAUACAUUUAAACAGUAUCAUAUAUUAAAUGUAAUUGGAGCAAUAACGCGUUUUAUAAGAUAGUGUUAUGUAUGCUUAUAUGAAAAUAACAAAACACAAUUAGUAGAUCUUUAGAGCACUGGUGCUAAUAAAUAAUACGCCUUAUAAAAUUAAGAUUCACUGCUAAUUGUUACUGGAACAUAUUGAAAACAGGGUUUUUCACGCUAAUUGCUGUAAUUGGUACUAAUACAUUCAAUAGUGUUCGGCUUUUGUAUUCAACUACUUACUAUACAGCGACAAUGGUAGCUGUCCGCCCACGUGACAUUUAUUUUGCUUUGGUUUUGUUUGAAUUAGCUAUACCAUGUGAGUUUUAAGUGUAGAACUACAAUAUCUUUUAAGUAACUAUGGUUUAUUAAUUUUAUUACGUCUAUCGCUAUCUGAUAUAUUGGUAGUAUGGUCAUGCUAAAAUUAGACGUAGUUUUGAAAAACAGUGAUAUAUGUGCAGUUUAGUUACUAGCACAGUUAUAAUUGUAUUUUAGUGUACUAAUUGUAUUUAAUAUGGCAUAAGAGGUAGUCAUAUUUUGUUGUAUAAUUUUGGAGUAGUGAACCGUAGCCUGAAUUGUGCUAUUUACAUAUAAAUAUUUUAAUUGACAAUAUCUAAAGCUAUGUUAGUCAUAUAGUACUCUAACUCGAAAACUAUUCAUUCAAAAACUAUUCAUAAAAUUCAUAAAUAUCGGAAUUGAAGGGCUCAGUUCUACAUCUCAUUUUGAUCGCAGGAGUAAUAAAGUAUUAAUACAUAUUUUUAUUAUUGUGGUAGAAUUUGGAUUUUGUCUAAACUAUGUCUAAUUUUAAUAAGUCAAUGGCUAUUUUUUACAUUAUGGUUUAUAUAUAACAAAAUUUAAAAAAGCAAUAUAUAUAUAUAUAUAUAUAUAUAUAUAUAUAUAUAUAUAUAUAUAUAUAUAUAUAUAUAUAUAUAUAUAUAUAUAUAUACUUGAAUCUAAAAUUCAUCACUAAUGAACUAAAUUUGCGAAGAUAACUGUCAUGCGAAUUCAUUAUAUUUUUAUAUGUGUAUAAUAUAUUAAAAAACUUGCCUGUUAUGGAACGAUUGUUUUCAAUAUUCCACGAGCGAAAUAUAUCACGUCAAUUAUGUGCUAGGCCUAUGUGCGUUCGGAGGCGUCUUGGUAUUCAUUUUUUUUAAGUAUCACUUAUCUAGUACUUUAGUAAUACUACUGUAUUUGUAAUGUAUUUCUGGAUUACCACUAUUUCCAUCACAAAUAUUUUUUAUUUACAAUUACAUCUAAGUUCUAUACUACAAUUAUAUACUAGGUUUUGACUUGAUUUUGUUUAUAUAAUUUUGUAUAAUGAAGUUAAUACCUAUAUGUCACAUUGCCUUCUGAUGUAUAAAAACACUAAGUCAGCCAUACUAGACUGGGUAGGUAGUAUUAUAUUUUUCUAAGAUGCUAGUAAUCAUCCGGUACUUAUGUAUCAUACGGAACCUGACAAAUGUUAGAUACAAGGUCACCUACAAGAAGCUGAAUAUUGAUAUAAUAUAUUUUGUCAAAAAAAAAAAUUGUGGUAAGGGCUUAGAGAUUUGAAGCAAAUACUGGUCUGGUUCUGUAUAAUUAAAUAUAGACUUGUGAGAAAUAAAGUACAAUUCACCAUAGAAA